ACCUCUUACAAGAAUUUCUCCAUCUCACCGCUUGAACCUUGAUUUGUAAACAACACAAAGGGUAAUUUACUGUAUAUAAGAGCUGGCAUUUCUCUUGUUCAGCACCUGAACACAAGAAGGUCGAAGCUACAAGCGGACAAAGAAGAUAAUCCAGCUGGAGAUCAUGAAGAUGCUGACUGUGUCUCUACUCGUCUGUGCCAUGAUGGCUUGGACCACAGCUGCUGCUGUUCCAGAAGCAGAGACCGGUGAAGGGACAGAAUUAUCCAUCCAAGGAGGGAAUAGUCACGUCGCUUGUCCCACUGGUUGGACUGGUUACAACGAUCGCUGUUUCAUCUAUAUUCCAACAGAAAUGACUUGGGCAGAUGCUGAGAAAAAUUGUCAGGAUCGGGGUGGAAACCUGGCAUCGGUGCACAGCUUUGAGGAGCAUCAAGCGAUUCAGGGUAUGAUCCUGAUUCUCACUCAGGCGUAUCCACUCACAUGGCUUGGAGGCUACGAUGCGGCACAGGAGGGUGCCUGGUUCUGGAGUGAUGGUACACGUUUCCAGUUUAACUUCUGGGAUCAAGGACAGCCUGAUAAUCGUGCAAAUGCACACUGUAUGUUGAUGAACUUUGGAGAUCAGAAGAAAUAUGACGACCAGCCUUGCUCUUUCACAAAGCCGUUUGUCUGUGCCAGAAAGCUAUGAUAUCUCUUUGGACAACAGAGAAACAUGCUGUACACUCUAGGAUUUUAGGCCUUUCAUUCUGGAGAGUCAACUGUUUGUUUUUUUUUUCUUGUCUUGUACACAAUUAAAAGGCUUGAGCAUUGAAAAA